AUACAUAUGUUUCUGUUAUAAUUUCUGAAGAAUAAAGUCUUAAAAGACUUUUCUAGUCAUCCUUAUUCUUUGUUAUUGUCAUAUUGAUUAGUCCAGAUUAUUAAGAGCAAGGAGACAGUACAAAAAGUAUAGACGGAAAAAUUCCGAUCGUAAAUUUAGAAUUAAAAAUAACCUUUAGAAAUAGCCUUAAACAUCAUUUACUUGAAUAAGGAUUUACUUGCUAUGAAUUUCACAAUUAAAUAUAAAAAUAUGUUUGAAUAUAAAUUCUAAUUAAUUAGAAAAGCUGUUCUGAAACGCAAAGAUUGAAAUUUAGAGGUAUUGAAUUAAUAUGACAAAUCAUCGAAAAUCGAUAUCACAAAUAAAACAUCUCGCAUCAAUAGAAAAAAAAUUGUUGGUAAAUGAAGCAAUGGUCCAUGUAAAGAAUGAAAAUUACUAUAAAGCUCUAGGCCUAUACAAUAAAGCACUGGAUCUUGAACCAAAUGAUAACAACGCAUUAAUAGCACGAAGUAAAUGUCAUCUUUUAUUAGGAGAGCCUCAAAAAGCACUGCAAGAUGCUGAGAAUGCAUUACAAUUUAAAAUGAAAAAUGUCAGUAUGGCUAACGCAGUAUACUGUAAAGCAGAAGCUUUAUAUUAUCUUAACAAUUUCGAGAUGAGUCUCGUUUAUUAUUACCGUGGCAUGAGAAUACGUCCAGAAUACGGACAAUUUCGUCUUGGUGUUCAAAAAGCGAAAAAUGCUAUACAAAAUAUACUGCGUAAAAAUUAAAUGGUUUCAUAACAACGUAAUUAUACAAAAUAAAGGACUUGAUAUGAUUAUAAGAAUUUUUA